AUGGCGCCCGGUACCCUCACCUCCAAGCGCCGCAAGGCAGAGGCGUCCCCUUCCCCUCCCCCGUCCCCUGCGGUGGACGGCGGCAGCGACUCCUCCGACGACCUCCACGACCCCGAAGACAGCUUCUACUCCGCGAGGAGCGGCUCCGAGGACGACCACGAUGAUCUCUCCAGCAACGAUGAUGAUGACGAGGAGGAGGAGGACGAGGAGGAGAUGGACGAGGAGGAGGAGGAGGAGGAGCAGGAGGAGGAAGAGGAGGAGAUGAAUGAGCUCGAGGAGGAGUAUCGCACCCUCCAGGCCAAUCAACACAAUAUCUUGGAGACCUUGAAACAGCACAGAGAUGACGAUGUCUCGAGGGGCCAGGCGGUCAAAAAUCAAAAGGUGCUGUGGGACAAGGCCCUCGAAAUGAGGUUCUUGCUGCAAAAGGCAUUUUCCACUUCAAACAAGUUGCCCAAGGAACCUAUCAAGUCGAUGUUUUGCGAUCAUAGCCAGGAGAUAGAGCAAGCUUAUCUCGAUCUGUUGAAUUCAUCAAAGCAGACCCUUGAUUGCAUGAUGGAGCUUCAGGAGGCCUUGCUGGAGAGGAAUCAUGCUACAAAGGAUUCAAUUGAUGCUGGAAAUUCUUCAGAGUUGAAUGAAGAAGAUGACGAGUGGCCAGGAGUGCAGAAAUUGCAGAGAAGGAUAACUUCGUUCAGAAACAAUGAGAUAGAUAAAUGGCAGAGGAAAACACAGGUGACAACUGGUGCUGCUGCAUUGAAGGGAAAGCUACACGCUUUUAAUCAGAACAUAAGUGACCAAGUUACAAGUUAUAUGAGAGACCCAAGCAGGAUGAUUAAAAGGAUGUAUUUGAGAAAGUCUACCCUUGGUGUAUAUGGGGAGGAAGUGGGAGAGCUUGGAAACAAUAAUGAGGAGCGCAAUACGGAAGGUGAUCCUGAACUUAUUGAUGACUCUGAAUUUUAUCAGCAACUUCUCAAGGAAUUUCUCGAGUCUUGUGAUGUAGGCGCAUCUGAGUCAGCAUUUUAUGCUCUAAAGAAGCAGCAGCAUAAAAAGAGAAAACUGGUUGAUCGACGUGCUUCAAAGAGCAGAAAGAUUAGAUACCAUGUCCAUGAGAAGAUCGCAAAUUUCAUGGCCCCAGUACCCAUGGUUGUUCCACCAAUGACACCAAAAUUGUUUGAGAAUUUGUUUGGGAUGGGAAACCAAAAAUCGACCACAGCGUGAACGCCUGAUGAGGGUAUUUCAAUUUUGACACUAGGACGUAUAAUCCUUUCUUGACUUGCCAAAACUCACAUGAUCCUCCUCCCAAAUGUUGCAUCAUGUAUUUCGUUUCAGAUUGUCUUUAUCUAGAGAUCUGGUUAUUGACUGACUAAUAGUUCUUGUAAGAGGGUUCUCUAUGAAAGAACAUGGAAAGACAAAAAAAGAGAAAAAGUACAUGUUACCCAAUCAUCUAUCGCAUUUAUUUCUCCUCAUUAAA